AGAUCGUAACUUUGAGCGUGCUGUUGGCUGCUGCCAACGCUGGCUACUUGGGCCAUGGUCACGCUGUGUCCUCCCAAAGCAUCAUUCGUCACGAUGAGUGCACGGGGCACUACGCUGCUCCCGUCGCCCACUACGCCGCUCCCGUUGCCCACUACGCCGCUCCCGUCGCUCACUACGCCGGCCCCAUUGCUCAUUACGCUGCCCCAGUCGCACACUACGACGGCCACGAUACUUACGCUCACCCCAAAUACGAUUUCUCUUACUCCGUGGCUGACCCCCACACCGGUGACCACAAGUCCCAGCACGAGAGCCGCGACGGUGACGCUGUGCACGGAUACUACUCCCUGGCUCAACCUGAUGGUUCCAUCCGCAAGGUUGAGUACACUGCUGAUGCCCACAAUGGUUUCAACGCUGUGGUGCACAACUCCGCCCCCUCCGUACACCCCGCUCCCGUUUAUGGACACGCUUACCAUCAUUACUAAAUGA